AAACCCACUCUUUGUGCCUGAGUGCUGCCUCAGCCACCACCACUACUUCCUCCUUCUCCCUCCCUCCUCCUCCCGCCCCGUGCCGACUUUCGCUCUAGGAAGAAGACGGCGGGCGCCCUUUGCGCCGGGAAGCCAGUGCGGCGAUUGGGCGACGGUCCCUGAGCCUCCAGUUCUGCGUCGGUUUCAAGGCUCCUCCCUCCCGGUGAAAGACAGACAGCGGGGCGCCUGGAAACCGGUGCGAGGGAGCGCGAGGGAGAGGAGAGCGAGCGAGUUGAGGGAUUGACACAAAUGGUCAGGCGGCGGCGGCGGAGAAGGAGGCGGAGGCGCAGGGGGGAGCUGAGGCCGCGGGUCUGCCGAGAGUUGCGCGCUGUGCCGGGCCGCGGUCACUAACGCUGCGCCGCCAACAGGGAGCCUGGGAGCCGAGGGCCGGCGAGGCGGGGCGCGACCCCAGCGCGCCGGAGCCACCCGGGUUCUCCCCGCCGCCUGCGCGCUGCGCUUCAUGAAUCGCAAGUUUCCGCGGCGGCUGCGGCUGCGGGACGCGGAGCGGGAGCCGGGGGAGUGGGCCGAGAGCGGCCGGGACUCGACGGAGGGCACCGGUGCUGAGGAGACCUCCCCGGCCUCAGGGGGAGCCGCUGCCGGCCGCGACGCCGUCAGCGCCCGCCGAGCGGCGCCAAGAAAGGAGCCCAGAAAGUAUGGCUGAGGGGGAGGCUCCUAACAAGUCCCGGGCCGCCGGCGGCGGCGCGAACUGGGAACUUUGUGCCGGGGCGCUCCGGGCUCGGCCGGUGGUGAGGGGCGGCCGCGAGGCGGACACCCUCCUCCGCCGCCGCCCCGCUGCUGACCCGGGGCGCUGGGCGCGCCGCCUGCUGCUGCUGCUGUGGCUUCUGGAGGCUCCGCUGCUGUUGGGGGUUCGCGCGCAGGCUGCGGGGCAGGGGCCGGGACCCGGCCAGCAGCCCCCUGCGCCGCCGCCCCAGCAGCAACAGGGCGGGCAGCAGUACAACGGCGAGCGGGGUAUCUCCAUCCCGGACCAUGGCUACUGCCAGCCCAUCUCCAUCCCGCUGUGCACCGACAUCGCGUACAACCAGACCAUCAUGCCCAACCUGCUGGGCCACACGAACCAGGAGGACGCGGGCCUGGAGGUGCACCAGUUCUACCCGCUGGUGAAGGUGCAGUGCUCGGCGGAGCUUAAGUUUUUCCUGUGCUCCAUGUACGCGCCCGUGUGCACGGUGCUGGAGCAGGCGCUGCCGCCCUGCCGCUCCUUGUGCGAGCGCGCGCGCCAGGGCUGCGAGGCGCUCAUGAACAAGUUCGGCUUCCAGUGGCCCGACACACUCAAGUGCGAGAAGUUCCCGGUGCACGGCGCCGGGGAGCUGUGCGUGGGCCAGAACACGUCGGACAAGGGCACCCCGACGCCCUCGCUGCUGCCCGAGUUCUGGACUAGCAAUCCCCAGUACGGCGGCGGGGACCACCGCGGUGCCGGCGGGGGCUUCCUGGGAGGUCCCGGCGGGGUGGAGAGAGGCAAGUUCUCUUGCCCCCGCGCCCUCAAGGUGCCCUCCUACCUCAACUACCACUUCCUGGGGGAGAAGGACUGCGGCGCACCCUGCGAGCCGACCAGGGUGUACGGGCUCAUGUACUUCGGGCCCGAGGAGCUGCGCUUCUCGCGCACCUGGAUUGGCAUCUGGUCGGUGCUGUGCUGCGCCUCCACGCUUUUCACCGUGCUCACAUACCUGGUGGACAUGCGGCGCUUCAGCUACCCCGAGCGGCCCAUCAUCUUCCUGUCAGGCUGCUACACAGCCGUGGCCGUGGCCUACAUCGCUGGCUUCCUGCUGGAGGACCGGGUGGUGUGUAAUGACAAGUUCUCCGAGGACGGGUCGCGCACGGUGGCGCAGGGCACCAAGAAGGAAGGCUGCACGAUUCUCUUCAUGAUGCUCUACUUCUUCAGCAUGGCCAGCUCCAUCUGGUGGGUGAUCCUGUCGCUCACCUGGUUCCUAGCGGCCGGCAUGAAGUGGGGCCACGAAGCCAUUGAGGCGAACUCCCAGUAUUUCCACCUGGCCGCCUGGGCCGUGCCGGCCAUCAAGACCAUCACCAUCCUGGCGCUGGGCCAGGUGGACGGCGACGUGCUGAGUGGGGUGUGCUUCGUGGGCCUGAACAAUGUGGACGCCCUGCGCGGGUUCGUGCUAGCGCCCCUCUUCGUGUACCUGUUCAUUGGCACGUCCUUUUUGCUGGCCGGCUUUGUGUCCCUGUUUCGCAUCCGCACCAUUAUGAAGCACGAUGGCACCAAGACCGAGAAGCUGGAGAAGCUCAUGGUGCGCAUCGGAGUCUUCAGCGUGCUUUACACCGUGCCUGCCACUAUUGUCAUCGCCUGCUACUUCUAUGAGCAGGCCUUCCGGGACCAGUGGGAGCGCAGCUGGGUGGCCCAGAGCUGCAAAAGCUAUGCCAUUCCCUGUCCCCACCUGCAGGCUGGUGGGGGCCCUCCACCGCAUCCUCCUAUGAGCCCCGACUUCACAGUCUUCAUGAUAAAGUACCUUAUGACGCUGAUUGUGGGCAUCACAUCAGGCUUCUGGAUCUGGUCUGGGAAAACCCUUAACUCUUGGAGGAAGUUCUACACCCGGCUCACCAACAGCAAGCAGGGAGAGACCACAGUCUGAGCCCCAGGGACUGGGCCCCUUCCCAGCUGUCCCCACUCACCCCACAACAGCUACCCCUAUGGAAUCCUUGUCUGGCUACUAGAGGCUUUCUGGCUAGACACUUUAGCAGGCGCCUUAAAACAAAACAAAACUGCUCCUGCUUCCAUUCCUGGGGACAAAUGGACCCGAGGGCUCCACUGCCAGAAAAGGGGGUGGGAGCUUGACAGACUUUGAGGUACCCGGAAUUGUAUGCUUUUAUGACUGUAAAUAGCCAAGUGUAAGAUUUUUUUUUGUAAGUAUAUUUGUAUUUAAAUAAUGAAUGAACACUUUUUUUUUCUUUUACUCCCAAAGUUUUUUUUUUUUUUUUUUUUUUUUAAGGUGGUUUAACCAUUUGAGGCUUUCCCUCUAGUUCCUUUUGGAGUUCUUAAGAGAUAAAACUGAGCACACCCAGGGGCUGCUCCUCCUCGUUUCCCGGGAGCUUUUCCCUGCAGCCAGCGGGUGGUUUGGGGUGGUGAGCAGCCAGGGCCAAGGCCACUCUCCACAGCCUCCUCUUUCUGCUCCCUCCCUUCCUUCCCAUCCUAACUUGGUGUGCGACUUUUAUGUCCCUCACUUCAAAAAGUCUCAAAAUCUGUUGUUGGAUCUCCACUCAGCUCCAUCCUGCCCUGAUCUGGCUAAGACUAACCCCUUUGACUUCCCGAAACUUUCUUUCACUGUGGAAACCCCGUUCCCCUCAACCCCCAGCCCCAGCCCACAGAUGUGUGCUUUAGCAGUCUCACUCAGCCUUCUUUGCCCUGUUCAGCAGCUUUCAGACUUUUCCCUCCAUCCACCUAAAUUGGUCAGAAAGUAGGUGGGUUAACCAAUGCUAAACUUUUUAAAGUCUGAUUUUUGGUGGAUGAGCUCAUUUCAUUCUGUAGUUUCUAAAACCUGCUAUUGGGUUUGACCAGCAUCAUGGAAAGAUGUGGUUACUGAGAUUUGGGAAGAAGAAGCUUUGGUGUGGGUUGGGAGGGACUGAAGAAGAGGUUAUAAAAUAUUAAUUCUAAUUGCUUACUGAUACCUGGCAACCUGCCUCACAGACUGAAGCUCUGGGGUUUUUAGAUUUUUACCAUUCUGGAAAGUAUUGAUAGAAACAUUGAGGUCACCUGAAAAGCUUUGUUAGAGAGUUGAUGUUUGCUUUCCUCAAGGCCAGCAGAACAUAAAUUGAAAAGUUGAAGAUUUCAUUGUGAUGGACUUCCUCAAAAUGAAGUGCUACUUUAAUUUUUUAAAAUUAAAUGGCAAUUACACGCACAGCAAAACCUUUUAAGAUAUAGAACGUGUAUACUUUAAAUAUGUGAAAAUUAUUAUUCAGCAUCACAUUCUGAGGGAGAAACAGUCCACAUCACUAAUAAUAUCCUGGUAAGAUUCCAAGAAGUAAUGGAGGUGGAAUAAUUGAUGGGAUUAGAUCCUGAAUUAAAUAAAACAUGGACAUGCUUGCUAAAAGCAAAAUGUAUGCAGGUUUCUACAUUAAGUCCUGUGUACUCCUUUUUGUAAAUCCUUCAAAGCCAUUUAAAAUAUUCACUUUAGUUCUGUGGGGGUAAAAAAGAGAGAGAGAGAGAGAGAAAAGCAACCCUCCUGAUUGUAUUGUUUUAAACUUUUAAGAGUUACCAACAUGCUGGUACUUAGGACCUAAGUUUAUCUAUGUCUGUCAUACCCUAAAAUGACAAUGGUCUUUGAAUUUGGUAUGCUUUUAUUGUGUUCACUGUCACAAAAAUCAUCUAUAUUUAUAGAGGAAUAGAAAUUUAUAUAUAUAAUAUCAUAUUUUUAAUUUCACAAAUAAAAAAUCAAAGUUUUAUACACAAUCUUAUGGUUUUUGUGCCUGAAAAUAAUAGAACUGGAACAUUUUCAAUUAUCUUAACAUUUUAUAGUGUUUCAUAGCCUAUCCCACAGUAUAAAAAGUCAGGAAUUCAGAAAAAAAUUCUGACCUUAAACCUUCAAACCAGUUCUUCCUUUGCAUUGUGGUAACUGAUGUGGAGUUCCAAUGCACUAACACUUUUAAAUACAAUUUUCAGAUUAUUUCUUUAUUCAAAGAAGACUUUUAAAAAGUAUUCUAAUUAUGAAGCUGUUUUUUUUUUUUUUUUUUUUUGCAAGGGGGAAAAUUAACGUGAGUUUUUAUAAUAUGAAGGAAUUUAAAAAAAUCAGUCAGUACCUUGCCAUGUUUUUAUUUGACUUUAUUUUGUCUUUCCCUCACUUUGUCUACCCAAAACCACAAACAGGCAAUCAAUAAACAGUUAACUGAUGGUGCUUAUAAGCAUUUUGAACAGCUUUGGAUGUGUAAGGCUAUUUUGUUGUUUUCUUCUAAAGCCCCUAUUUUUAUAUUGUUCAAGGAACCUUCUCUGUCAGUCUCUCUGUGUGUAGCCUAUUUAUGUACAUAAAUGUAUAUAUAGUGUAUAUAAACAUCAAUAUACACACAGUAAUUUUUAUAGAAAGAAAUGUAAAGUAUACUUGUAUAUUUCUUAAUAUAGAAAUAAGGUUGUAAGAAAUGGAAAAUGGCAGAUAUCUUUGAAAAACAAACUUCUUAUUUCUUUACAGAUUAAAAAUAUCUUCUUUGAAUUUU